UGCGCCUGGCCGCGCCAAGGCUGGCCUCCUUUGACAUCCACCGGAAGCGUGGCAGCAACUCCCUCACUCCCACGGAGAGCCACCUCCACGCCCCACGCCGCCCGCCAGAAGAGGGCUGGCUUCCCCGGCUGUGGGGAGCUUCACACUCGCGCCUCUGGCACGGCCGGCACUUCCAGGAAGAUUUUUUUUACGUGGUGUAUUUUGUCAUUAUGAGAUGUCGUCUCUCAGUACUUCAUUUGUGCAAAUUAAAUUUGAUGACUUGCAGUUUUUUGAAAACUGCGGUGGAGGAAGUUUUGGGAGUGUAUAUCGAGCACGAUGGAUAUCCCAGGAAAAGGAGGUGGCUGUGAAGAAGCUCCUUAAGAUAGAGAAAGAGGCAGAAAUACUCAGUGUGCUCAGCCACCGGAAUAUCAUUCAAUUUUAUGGAGCUGUUAUUGAACCUCCUAACUAUGGCAUAGUUACAGAAUAUGCUUCUGCUGGAUCACUGUAUGACUACAUUAAUAGCAACAGGAGUGAAGAGAUGGACAUGGAUCAUAUAAUGACUUGGGCAACUGAUAUAGCUAAAGGAAUGCAUUAUUUGCAUAUGGAAGCUCCAGUCAAAGUUAUCCACAGAGACCUCAAGUCUCGAAAUGUGGUUAUAGCUGGAGAUGGAGUAUUAAAGAUCUGUGAUUUUGGUGCUUCAAGGUUCCAUUCCCAUACAACCCAUAUGUCUCUUGUGGGUACCUUUCCUUGGAUGGCCCCCGAAGUCAUUCAGAGUCUCCCAGUGUCAGAAACAUGUGACACAUAUUCAUAUGGAGUGGUUCUCUGGGAGAUGCUAACAAGGGAGGUCCCCUUUAAAGGCUUGGAAGGAUUACAAGUAGCUUGGCUUGUAGUUGAAAAAAACGAGAGAUUGACCAUUCCAAGCAGCUGCCCUGAAAGCUUUGCAGAACUGAUGCUCCAGUGCUGGGAAGCAGAUCCAAAGAAAAGACCCUCUUUCAAGCAGAUCAUUUCGAUCCUGGAUUCCAUGUCAAAUGAUAGCAAUCUUCCAGACCAGUGCAACUCAUUCCUGCAUAACAAGGCAGAGUGGCGAUGUGAAAUAGAGGCAACUUUGGAGAGACUAAAGAAACUGGAACGUGACCUGAGCUUUAAGGAGCAAGAGUUAAAAGAGCGGGAGAGGCGCUUGAAGAUGUGGGAGCAGAAGCUCACUGAACAGUCCAACACACCUUUUUGCUUCCCUUUUGCUGCAAGAAUGUCUGAGGAGUCUUACUUUGAAUCUAAAACAGAGGAAUCAAAGAGUGCAGAGAUGUCAUGUCAGAUCACAGCAACAAGUAACGGGGAGGUGGCUGGCAUGAACCAAAGUCUGAAGGCCUUGAUGAUGAAGGGCUUUCAGGAUGUCUUCUCUAUGAACGAAGCAGGGUCCGUCCUGCAUUCUGGGAUGCAGAUAAAUAUGCAAGCCAAAAAGAAUUCUUCCAAAACCACCUCUAUGAGAAAAGGGAAGAAGGUCAACCUGGCGCUGGGGUUCCAGGAAUUCGACUUGUCUGAUGAUGAUACCGAUGAUGAUAUUGAUUUUGAUGAUGACAGUGACAGUGAUUAGCAGUGAAUGGAAGGAGUAAGAACUCUUAACGUGGCACCUGAAACAAAGGGGUGGAGGGGGGGGGAGGGCAAGAACAAUUUUCAGCAAAGAAAGAAUCCUACAAGUCUGAUUUAAAGUAACUCUAAAAACAGCAUUUCAAUUUCUAGCCCCAUUCUGCUGCGUGUGUGUUAUUUAUCUUUACCCAUCCAAAUGAUUUCUGUAAAAUUUUAAAUAGAAUAUCUUUGAACCGUUAAAAAAAGGCAUUUUCAUUAUGUGUGGCAACAUUAUUUGGUUGAAUACAAAAAGAUUUACAACUCAAAGAGUUUUUGUAAAACUCCAGAUUUGCUAGUAUAUUUUUAAUUCACUUUAAUUUGUUGGCAAAUUAUGUCAGCAUAAUUUAUUACAUCUGCAUAAGUUUCUAGAGUUGCUUAGGAAUUGAAAAAGCAGAGGAAAUCUACAUGAUUCCCUCUGGACCUCCUGUAAAUUCUGUGGCCUUCUGUGGCUGUGUUAUUUUAGUUUGUCAAAGGUCUCUUCACUGAAUUUAUAAUCAUAUUUUGUUGUGUUGAUCACCUGUUUGUGGGAAAGAAAUGACGCAGCUAAUCAAUGCUAUACAGAUUUCCUCAACAGAGAAUAAUAUAUCAUAUAGGACAGGGCACACAUGAAACACACCUAUUUCCAUAUUUAGAUCACCCUUGCAGGAUUUUUGUUGUAUAUAUGAUUUAUCUACAUUUUUACUCUUUCGUUUUUUAGUUGUAAUUUCUAUCAUGUUCAGAAUAGUAUAAAUUCAGAAGAACACAUAUAAUUUAAUUUACUACAAUGACAUUUACACAACACCUUCCAGAGCAGAAACUGAACACGCAAAGUCAAUGAUGGUGUCUGUUUUCAAGCACAGUUGCAUACAAAUAACGAAAGAACACAGUAGAACCGCUUAUAAUCAGUAAGGCUGAAACUCUUAGUAGUUACAUGUUAACUGAUUUAAAAAAAAAACAAAGAAAACCCUGUGACUAAAGAUAUGCUGCCAAUUAAUUGGAGUGGUAUAACGGCAGUCCAUGCAGUCAUGCUGGCCACAUGACCUUGGAGGUGUCUACAGACAAUGCCGGUUCUUCGGCUUAAAAAUGGAGAUGAGUACCACCCCCCAGAAUCUGACUAGACUUAAUGUUAGGGGAAACCUUUACCUUUACCUUUUUUUAAUGUUAGUUUUUUAAAUUGGAAAUCUGUGGGUUGCUGGCACACUCUUAAGAGAUGUGUUAUCCUUCUUGCGCAUCAUAAAUUGUAUAUUUCAAGACAUAUCCAGGGCCAGCAUUGUAUGUAUCAUCCAAAAACAAGAGUAGCGUGUUUCUUAAAGUUUGAUUUAAUCAUGUGCACAUGUAUGAUAUUUAAUAGCCCCAUUCUCUAUCAUUGGACCUCAAGCCCUAAUUUAGCUCAUCAUUUCACAUGAUGGAGGAGGAGAUAGAAAAUGCGCCCUUUCCAUUUUUAAAUGUUCACAGUUGCCUGAUUAUAGGGAAUUCUCUGGUCACAGGGAACUAUGGUUUGUUUAAAUCAUGAGAACAAAUCACAAAUUGUGAUUUCAGAACUAGGAUUUUGACUUCCCAGAUUUGGAUUUCAGAUACAAUGGUGGCUUCUUUUCAGUUGAAAGUAGGAGCUUCUGAUUUCUCUAGUACACUGAGAUUAAAGAGGGUACUUCAUAAGAUUUAGGCUAACCAUAAGUUGUCCUCAUUUCAGAAGACUGUGGUUUAAAAAUUAUGUAUGAUUCCAGCACAAUCUUUUAUGAUUUUGGGAAAACUGUGCUCCACUUACAGGCAAGCUCACUCCCCGCAUGUAAGAAUACAAUAAAGUACAUAGAUAGUCAAAACUAUGUAGAUAAAUAUUUUUUCCAUAUCUUCACUAGAGCCACUCUGUUGUCGCCCAUAGCAUCAACUUUUUUUUUUCUCAAGGGCAUAAUAGAACAGUUUGGUUUUGAAAAUAUUUACAGUACCAUGUUUAUAAAUGUUCCAUAGGAAGCCCAAACAUAGACACUUUAAUGAUUUUCAAAACUGUAAUGCUGUUUUGAAAAUCAAAAUUUUAAAUACUAUGAAAAAUAAAAUUGAUCCACCAGAUAAGUGUAGUUCUGAAACAAAACCUCAAAGAAUGUUGAAUUCUGCAUGUUCUGCUACCAUUAAAGUAGAAAAUUCCAGGGUGCUUCCCAGAAAGCUGUGUGCAUAUCUAACCUCUGAGUGCUCAGUUUGAUUAAUGUUUGAAUUAGAAUAUCAUUGGAGUACAGGAUUGUAGAACCACAAUUGUAUAAUGAACACUCUCAGUCUCUGUGUGGGCUGCUUUUUUUUUUUUUUUUUGGAGGAACACAUUAAAAGACCAGAGAGGAAAACAUGAGCAUUAAUUUUGUUUUCUGAUCUUUGUAACACAUUUUGUAGCUGUAGCUCUGUAUUUGCACUUGUAAAUUUUUAAAAGAAAACUCAGUUUGGAAGAACAUAUGUCCUAAAGAGAUGUGCCUACCUCCUCGUCCCUGUGGUGCCCCAUCCAUACCCCUAACAAUGAUACCAAUGAUACCAAAACAUUUUGGAGUGACCUGUGAUUUGAGGUUGAAAGGGACAAUCACUGAAGAUGAGUGCUCACAGAAGUGUGAGCAGAGCACACCAAGGAUCCGAGCUAUUACACUUAGGUUAAAAUCCCAUACACAUUCACUACAGAGCAAAUUCUGUGGCACUCUGUGGAUUUUUCUCUGAGUAAACAUUAAUAAAGACUGAGCUGUGCCUCUGUAUCAUGGCUCUUAUAAUAUUAGUGCUGUAGGAUUUUGUACCUCCAAGAAAGUUGCCUGAGGUUUUGGAGCAGUGGUUCUCAACCUGUGGGUCCUCAGAUGUUUUGGCCUUCAACUCCCAGAAAUCCUAACAGCUGGUAAACUGGCUGGGAUUUCUGGGAGUUGUGGGCCUAAACACCUGAGGACCCACAGGUUGAAAACCACUGUUUUGGAGGAUGUGAGGAAUACAAGAUAACUGACAAAAAGAUAUUCAUAGGUUCUACUAUGUAUACACUAACAAUUGAACCAGUAAUAUUUUGUAUUAGAAGUGUAUAACUCUGAAAGAAAACAUUUAUCAGUGUAAUUGUUCCAUAGACUUUUAUGUGUACAGUUAUGUAUAUAUACAGCUUUCAUGGAUCACUUCAAUAUAAUUUAAUGAAAUCAAUUUAUACUCAGUAACCCAAACUCAAAAAUGCCAACAAGUUCUGAAAACAAAACUGUAUUAUUUGUGAUAGUGUUUUAGUAAGUGCACAUGCACACACACCAUAGGAAGGCUCAACUCGGACUUAGGGAUCUCUAGGAUGUGGUGAGUUACAAGUAAAUGCGAUAUUGCACUUUGGUAACCCAGGCAAUUUAAACAGGCCAUUGAUAAGUAAAAAAUAAUAUUUCUAGAAUGAUAUUCUGCAUGCUCCCUCUCUAUAGCAAAUGCUGAAUAUUAGUCUGGAAUAUUAUUUUUAAUAACUACAUGUAUCAGUUGAUUGGGUUACCAGACUGUAAUAGCACAUUUACACAUACGAGGUAUCAAACACAUACACACACAUUUUUGGAGUAACCCAUCCUUCUGCAGCCCAACUUUAUGGAUCUUGCAAAGAGUUAAGUCCUAUUGUGUUCAGUGAGCUUUACUUAUAGGUUAAAUAUACAUAGGAUUGGAGCCUUAAUUCUAAAAACAAGUGUCCUAUAUACUUAUGCAUACGUCUAGAACUUUUAGUCAAAAAAUCAAUCCUAAAAAUCUGGGUUGAUUUAUCUAUGAAUCAGUGUGAGUACUGUACUUUAACUCUUAUCAAAAAAGGAACUAUCCCAUUCUCAGAGUAGAAUGGCAACAAGUGAGAACUUAAUCUAUCCCGGGAAAACCUAAAAUAAGUACCAACUCGCUCUACUCUCUGCUCCGUGUUGGUGGCAGUGGCCAGGGGCUGCUGGUCUCCAGGGACAGCAUUAGUGCCUUUCCCCUUUACAGUCUGGUGUCUAAUCUAUGCGGGGGUCGUAUCAAAACCCAUAAUUUUGGCCCUAAAACCUGUUCUCAAGUUAUACAUGAAUGGACUUGCACAUGACUAUAUAUGGUAUUUCUGAUGCCAAUAAACUUGUGUUUAUAUUGUACCAUACCUCUAAUAAAGUCAAACACUUCCUGAGAAUUUAGUGUCCUUGUUUUCUAGGUUAAUCUGUGCUGUAAACACCAAAAGAUAUUAGUUGCUUUUAGAAAAUACAGAUCUGAAAUCAGUUCUUGGCAUAACAAUAACCACUUAUGUACUGUAUGAAGUUUUACUAUAGUGCUGAGUGUUCUCGGUUAAAUAUUUAUACACUACUAAAGUGCAGUGCCUGAGAGGACAUUAAAGAGACCAAAGUACAAAGAACAACCGUGUUACUAAAUUCUGCAUUCAGGUAACACCAAGCAUAGGUAUGCAGACGAUUGUUUUUCAGGCACAUGGAUGUGGUAGAGUCAUCAUUGUAUCUGAUACAUUCAUUAUUUGUUUGCCUCUCAUCCACUGACACAGUCACAUAGAACAUGUGUAGUGGAAUUCGUUGGCACAAAAACAGAAGUCCAAUAAUGCAAUGUGGCAUUCUCUCUUCCCUCUUGCGGUCUCUAAAUUUCCUAGAAAUAUGUACAGAAAAGUGGUGGUGAUAGUAAUACUACAACUAGUAGUAUUAGUGGUUCUCACUUCUACAGGUUUUGAGGGUAUGCAGGUGCCUGCAGUGAAAGAACUUGCAUUGUGUGAGUGGAUUUUGUCAAACUGGGUUCCACUCAGGAAGUUCUGUUUAGCUCCCUUUUCCAUUUCAUUGAGAGAUGUAGUUUUGUCCGGGAAAGUCAUUCUUUGGAUUCCACCCAUAGUUUUGAAGUUCUAAGUGAACGUAUGGUUUGACCAGAAAUCAUAUGUUGCCCAGGAGAAACAAUAGAUGUUUUUGUAAGUUGUGCUCUGGGGUGAGUGAAAAAUCAGAAUUUGAUGUAAGUGCUAGGUUAUAUUUAUACCAUAUGUACAAUAUAUAUAUUUAUGCCAUCACUUGGAGCAAAGUAGCAUUCUUGACCAUCUGAUCAGCACAUCUUCCACAAUACCAAAUGUGGAAGGUGUAGAUGGCUAGGAUGUGUCAGCCUUAGAUACCACCAUAGCUUAAAGAAUGUGCAGGUCCACAGACUUUUGCUACUUCAACAACCCCUUUUUAAAACAUUUGUACAGUGUAGUAGAACUUACAACUUGGACACACACAUUCGACCACUGGAUUGGUUACCUUUUUCAACUUCAGCAUUGCUGAAACUAUUGAGUAGGACAUGGCAACCAUUGAUUCCAGUUCUUAAGAUAUACUAUAUAUACUCUACUCUUAGAAAUGGGUGAAGAAAGUGCCUUAAUUGUUCCUUUAAAAAUUUAACCUAAUCACUUGCAAGGCCUACCUAGAGCUUUCUUGAUAAAUGAAAAAUAAUAUCAUGGAGGCAAACUAGUAAACAUGUUGUUUCAGAAAUAGGUAAUGUCACUAUUGGAGAAUGAUAUUGUACACUACUUUUUUGCUUUGCUUUUGCACUGUUUAAAUGUUUUAUAUUGGUUAAUAAGAAAACAGUAUUAUUUGUAUUCUAGACAUGUUUGGAAAUGUAAAUGGAAAGUAUUUUCAUAGUGUUUAGAAAAGUUUGUACUUGAUUUUCUAAAAACUGCUGUGCCACGUGAACUCUGUGCCAAAACUACUGCAGUGUGUAAACAAACUAUCUAAUUUGUAUGGAAUGUGAAAUGUUUUACUUGCAUGGCACGAUUUUUUGUAGUUAGUUCCUCCUUUUUCAUUACAGUAUUUAACCAUGUGAUGUCUUGCUUCAUCCAUAUAUUGGAUUUGCUUUUCUAGUUAUUAACAGAACACCUUGCAAUGUAAGGGAUCCCCCCCCCCCCAAACCCCUGGUUGGUGUCAUAAAUCUUACUUUUGAAGUGUUUACUUUUCUUUCUGUUUGUUUCCAUUUUUGAUUUUGCAAUAAAUAUUUUAACAGUUACAAAGGGAAAAAAGAAAAUCUGUACUUAUGAAUAAAAAUGUGAAGUGUUUAAA